UGCAGGUCCCUGUGGAGACCAGAAGAGGGCAUCAGAUCCCUUGGAACUAGAGUUACAGGUAGUCGUGAGCCACUUGAUGGUGUGUACUAGGAGUCAAACCCAGGUCCUCUACAAGAGCAACAAGUGCUCUCAACCACAGAGCCAUCUCUCUCAUCACAGUUGGCUACCUUUUGUCUGUCCAAAAGCCAACAAGAAAUGCAAAUGGAUCCCUGGGAUGUUUACAGGGGGAGGAUCUGAGAUGUUCCUGAUGGAGAAUGGCCAUAGGGGAUUGGCUCUACAAGUUGAGCUUGGGGAAAGAGGCUUCUAGACUGCCUAGCAGACCCUAGAUAUGUUUGGAGCUGCUCAGUGAGCCACGAGGCAAAGGGCGCUGCCUCUGCUCUCUUGUGGGCCCCUAGACAGCUGGAUGGCAGCAGACAGUACUAGAGAUGCUUUAGCCAGAUGUGUGACUGGAGCCUAACCACUUCAAAACGUCAGAGCUCUGGGUGUGUGACUACACAGUGGUAGCUGUCAGGGUGGUAGGCAGAGAAUGGAUGACAAGGCCACCAGUGAGUAGCCGUGACAGCUUUUAAAAUCACUGAAUUGAGUGGGCGAAGCACAUAGUCGACUCUGCUUCACUGGGAGUCGUCAUUCCCUUCACAGCUUCUUGCACAGUGUUUGUUUCUAAACCAGAAGGAUCCUUCCCAUCAUUUCAUUCUGUUGGUGAAAUUUGUGCAAAGUUAGUUUUUGCCAUAACUUAAAUUCAAGCUUAUCACAUGCUGGUCACGUCUGGCUUCUCAUGACUCUCUUAAAGUGCACUGAAUGACGACUUUUAAAGAAACUAGGAGAUGUUGCUUUUCUCUUACCACAGAGAGGUGAUCAUAGAAGGUAAAUGUGUGGCGUUGCGGAGGUGAAGAACUUGGGUUCCCAAACUCCCUGGUUUUCUGAGUGUCUUCUGAGAUCUCUCAGAACCAUACCCCCAGUCUCUCAGUGCUAAAGGAUCUGGGAGGAGUGGAGUAGGGAGCAUGGUGAGAUGGGACGGCUAGACUGCAGCGAGCAGGGCUUUGUGGACAUCACCAGCUGCUUGAGCCUCGUGGUGGGUCCACAGCUCACCACAAUUGAAGUGAUGACACCUGGCCCUUGCUUUGUGGAGAGUUGCAGUCUUUUGAAGGGUGGGCAUGACUGGGAAAGUGAAGGUAGGUUCUGCCCAGUAGCUGGGAACUUCCAGAAGUCUGGUAGUGCUGGGCUCACAUUGGAGUUUGAAGAUCAAGGGCCCUAGGCACAGGGCACAGGUCAAGCCUCUAAGCGCCUGGCUCACCUGCUGCCUGGCCAGUGAGUGAAAAAGGCUCAGACUCUAGGCUUGCAAGGCUGUGUGAGUUGUUCAUUCCCCCCACACCCUUUGCUGUUGGGAGCCUACAACAUAAAAAUUGUGUAUGCUUAAUUCCUGACCAUUAUAUUUCCCUGCUGAAAAGUAUUAAGUGGUAUUUUUCUUUGUUACACAGGUUGAACAUCCCUAAUCCAAAAAUCUGAAAUGAAAAAUGCUCCAAAAUCUAAAACUUUUGAGCACCAUGAUGCCACACGUGGAAGAGUCCACAUCUGAGCUCCUGUGAAUGAUUGCAAAGUGCAGGCGCAUUAAAAAUACUGUGCCCAUCAGCUUCAAGGACCUGGCUGUGCGGUUCUCGGAAGAGGAGUGGCGGCUCCUGCAAGAGGGGCAGCGGGAGUUCUACCGAGACGUGAUGAGGGAGAACUACGAGACCUUGGUCUCUGUGGGAACAGCUGAACUGCUCCCCCUCUCUGCUUUCCUGUCACCCACAGAGCCUGGAGGAGCCACAGCAGGAGAAAGUCGUCAAGAUGAGGGACAAGAACCCCCUUCAGGAUAUGGUCGCCAAGGACAGCCCCAGCAUAGCCUGCACCUCACCGCCUUAGUGCAGCUGGUGAAGGAGAUCCCAGAGUUCUUGUUUGGAGAAGUCAAAGGCACUGAAGAUUGCCCUGAGAGUGGGGGCACUAGUCUGGAUGGGGAGCGAGCCAGCCCUAGGGUAGUUGUGGCAGAGGAUACUCGCCCUCCCCAAGGCCUACUCAGUUGUCUUCCAGAGAGUCCUGCGAGCCAGCCCAGCCUGACCACCACACCCAUGGGCAGCUCAUCUUCCAGUGGUUUUCCUGGAGACUGGCCACAGGGGAGCCCUCUGCCUACCAUAGUAACUACUGACAAACCACAGCCUACAGAGAAGGAAGGCUCAGGUGCUCCAGGCCAGGAUUCCAACUCUCCAACUCAUAGCCUGGACCAGAUCAAGAACCACCAGAGACAGGAUAGGGGGACCAUGGGAUCAGGAGCCUCUUCUGAGAACAGCCCCUUGCAAGGCCUCAUCAACUGUCUGAAGGAAAUCCUUGUACCUGGGCCCCAGCACCCUGAAGCAGCUCCAAAGAACUUGCCUCCUCCUCUCCCUGGCUUGAGUGUGUUGAGGCAGACCAGAGUUGAGGUGGAGCUGGGGAGCCUGCCCUGCUCAGUGAAGACCGAGGCAGCACUGGGGGAUUGUCCCCUCCAGGGCCUGCUGAACUGUCUGAAGGAGAUCCCAGAAGCCCCAGACAGGCGUCCCAGCCCCUCGGGAGCAGGGAACCCGCAGCUGCAGGAGGACUCAGGGGCGUGGAAGAGGAGUUCUGGAGGGACAAAGCGCCCCCAGACUCCUCUUCCCCAUACUAGUUAUGGAGCCUGCAGUACGCUUGCCACGGUGAAGGUAGAGGAUGGCUGGGCCCAGACUCCCCCAGUUUCAGCAUCCUGCCAGCUUAGCAGGCAAGGCCACAGCCCCUACUCCAGUGGAGACACCAGAGAAGUCCGUGUGCCCCGCUGGGGCCCCAUAGCUCCAGCCAGCAGGACCUCAAGCUCACCCCUGGAAGCUCUGGAAGCCUGUCUGAAGGGCAUUCCAUCAGGUGGACCAUCACCUGUCCAGCCGCUAGCUACCUCGUCGUCCCGUAGCCCCCAGCCAGGAGAUGCUGGUUGUCAGAGGUUUGAGCUACAGCCCCAAGGAUCUCACAGUGAAGAAGCUACCAGGGAGCCCCUUCUGCCUCUGGGCCUGCAGGGCUGCAUGAGAGAGGGUCCCAUUCGACCCCUUGGCUCCCAAGGUACGCCCACCAGCUUCUCCUCAGCCAGCAGCAGUGACGGGGAUCUGGAUUUCCGGAGCCCCAGGGGGAGCCAGGGGCAGCGGCCUGGAAAAGGAUAUCCACCAGGAAGCUCCCCACUCCAGGGCCUAGAGAACUGUCUCAGAGAGAUCCCUUUGCCCAGGCCUCAGGCUUCCUGGUCCUGUUCCUCAGCUGUGGACAGGGGGCUGAAGAGAGCGGAGCCCAGGAACUGGGCUGCAGCAGACAGAGAAGGGCAGAAGAAUGAGGCCUGUGAGCCAGCCCAUCUUGGACAGGGUGGGGGAAAUGUACCCAGCAGGAAUCUCCGUCUAGGCAGUCCUCAGAUCUUCACCUCAACCUGCAUCCCCACCAGCCACCCGGGGACCACCAAGCCAGGAGCAUGGAGAUGGCUGCCGGACGGGACAGCCACCAUGCCUUCCCCGCUUCACCGCCUGGAGAGCUCUCUGAGGGGGAUCUUGCCCGUGAGGCCCUUGCGCUUCACCUGUGUGACAGGCCUUGGCCCCAGCCCUAGCCCCAGCCCCUGCUCCAACUCCAGCUUUAGCAGCUCUGAUGGAGAAGACCUGAGGCCAGAGCCCGCACUCUGGCAGCCACCCCUCCAGAAGAAAGACCACCUUCCCUCCUGUAAGGGUCCUGUCCCUCUGUCCUUUGUCUCUGGAGCGUUUCCAAGAGACGGCAGUAGCCACAGCAGUCUUGCUGAAGACUCUGAGAGACUAGAAUCCAAAGACUGCGGCAACCUCAGUGCAGGAAGAGGACAAGGGAUGGGAGGCAAGUCUCAGUCACCCAGGAGAGAAGAGGGUGCAAAGCAUACCCAGCAGCCCAGCUCUGGCAGUGCCAGAGGAACAGAAGGAGGAGAAGAAAGAGGAGAGGCAGCUAGGCACAUAUGGCCUGUCUCUGAGCCAGAAGAAAGCCCUGGGCCCAGGCCCAAGGGUACCGAAGACCACAGGGAUGAGGCACCUGGGCAUGGACAGCCCAGUGCUGCAGCCAUGACCCAAGGGAAGCUGCUCUCUGGGGACCCUCUGGAGCCACCCAGCAAGUCUACCCCACCCCCAACCAUCUUGUGCAAGUUGCCAUCUACCUCUCUCCAGCCACCAUGUACCUGUGGCAGGUCCCUGCAGCAAGAGCUGCACAGCCUUGGCACUGCCCUCACAGAGAAGCUGGACCAGCUGGCGGCAGCCUUGGCAGGCCUGACUAAAGAAGUGGCCACCAUGAGGACCCAGGUGGAUCGGCUGGGGAGGCGCCCUCGGAGCCUGGGACCAAAGGGCCAGGCUUCUUGGCAAUGGACCUUCAUCCGGGGACCUCGCUGGGCCAACAGACCAGAUCAUAGACACCUGCCCUAUUGGAGGCAGAAAGGCCCUACUAGGCCCAAACCAAAGAUCCUGCGGGCACAGCCAGAAGGCUGCAGGACUGGAGACCGCCUGGGACUCUCCAGAGGGAAGAGCAAUCUGAUUUCUCAGCUGCCUCCGGAUGCUUCCCUGGUAGAACCUUCCAGGCCCACCUGCAGUUCAUCCCAGCAGACCUCCUUGGCACCCAGCUGCCAUACUGUACUAACUGCACACCCCCUUCUGGGACACACUGGAUGCCACCAGGGCCGCCUGUCCCCUUCAGUGCCUGCUGCCUUGGCCCCUCUUGUGACCUCACCUGCAACCAGUGCAGACACAGAGCCUCAGGCUGCUGGAGUGGCAAUGAUCAGCAUCCCAAACCAGCCCAAGGAGCCAGGCAGCCUACUAGGGGGAGCCCUCAGGGAGGACCUCUGGGGUGGUGACCACAGGGACCCAAGGUGGGGGGCGCAUUAACUGUGGUCCUCAUCUGCGCAGCCUUGCUGAGGAUGCACGUGGCCAGGAUGCCCUGGUGUCCAUCCUAGGCUGUCCAUCUUCCUCCCCACUGGCUCAGCUAGCCCAGCCACUGCAGCUGCAAGUCUGGCCCUCUGUCCUGGCCAGGUCCCAUGGUGUCUGGGCAGAAGCACUGGAAGUAUUCCUCAGCCACACCUUGGCUUUCUUGGCUCAGGUUUAGUCAGCUGUUCUUUACCAGACCCAUCUAGGUUCCAGGUGGAUGCCAUAUGCACAGAGCCAGCUGCAGAGGGCCUGGAAGGUGCCUCUUCCUGACCCCCCCCCCAUCUCAAGAACACUGAAAGGCUAGCCUUUGUCUAGGGUGAAUACUUCACAGGUCUCCUGUCAGAAGUGUCUGGUCUGUGUUCUAGGCUGAAUUUAUCCACAUGGAUCUAAAACACUGGUUGCUACAGAAAGGCCCUUACUCCUAUGGAAAGGUACUCACAGAGGAACACACGGAGGCAGAGCUGACUGGAUUGUCAUCAGUACAUUCGGAACAAGGCAACUCCUGCACCUUCCCACAUACGUAACUCAAGAGAAUUGAGCAAUAUGCUGCUAGGUUGGGCACAGAAUGCCACAGGACUCCUUGGGAGUGUUGUGUCAGUCUCUAAGAGCUGUUACAAAAUAUCACAGACUUAACCAGUCUGUACAGCUUGAACCAGGGGUCCAAAGUCCAGGUAUUGUCAGGUUGGUUCUGCAGCCUCUGUGAGAGGGAUCUGGCUCUGUCAAGGGCUGUCCUCACAUUCACAUGGUGGCUCCUAGUGCCCCCUUCAUGUCAAGCUGUUUUGGGUGGGUACCCUCAUCUGAGCUUGGUCUUGAUUAAGACUGUCUAAGAAGCAUCACAUCCCGAAGUGUUAGGGAGCAAACAUGGCCAGCCUUUUGACACUGUGACACUGUUGUCAUCUACAAAGUUCACAUUCAAGAACCAUACAAUUGACAUACCAAAAAAAAAAUUUUUUUUAAAUCUUGCAGUGUUUUAAGUAAGUUUAUGAUCUUUGUGUCAGGCCAUAUUCAAGGGUAUCCAGUACAUGCAGCCCCAGCCCUUUGGAUGCAAGUUGGACAUGCCUGUUGGGUUUUGUAGCUCAUAAUGCAUGUAAGGUCUGCCAGUCUGGGGUUUGGCCUGACACAAAUAGAUGUUACCCAGUCCACUGCUCCCCUGGUCACUGGGCUGUACUUGCCCUCAGCCCUAAUAACUGAUGGCAGGUCACUGUACCUACCACAGCUGGUCUGCCUACAUUUACUCACCUCAUGUCCUUCAGAGUUCCACCCGAAUUCUGGAUUGAACCUGAGGAGUUUUCAGGAAUGAUGCCUAUACCCAUGGUAGCUAGGAAGCCUGGGCCUGCUGCAGCCUGGCACAGUAGGCUGCUGUGUGCUGCGGGCUGCCUGCUAAAGCUCAGGCCAGCAUGGCUCUGUCUCUGACAACCAUGAGCAGUUCCUUAUGGCUGCUUUGCCCUGUGCCACCCUAAAGUCAUGGUCACUGCAUGUGUUUGGAACCUGAUGCCCCUCAGUGAGUGAGAGCAGGUGGCUGUGCCAGGGGCUUGGUGAAUGGCCUAGGACAGAGAUGGCCAUAAGUGUUAAAGAGUGUAAGAAAUCUACCUAGAAAUUAAUGUCCAUAAGGCUGUGUGUACAGAAGACUAAUUGAAACAAGUGGUCUAGCUCACAGCCUGGUUGUGGAGUAGAAAAUAAAUGACUGCAGCUCUCCACUUACUGAGGAGCAGGGUCUGGCUGCUUUUCCGAUUAGAGUGAUGCUGGGCACAUUCAGUGCCAAUAGAAAGGGUGAGACAUGGGUUCAGAGUGAAGGAACAGGCCUCAUGGACUUUUUUUUGUCCUGCCUGGAUAGCAGGUCCUCUCCCUUCUAAGCAAGAGACUGUGUCCAUCAGUGGAAAGGGACCUGUCAUGCAGCUCUGUGGCACAUUAAGCUGCUAUGACUGCUUUGCAGACAACCAGCACAUGCCUGAGUGGCCGGUACAAGUAAGCCAACAGCAUCACAUGACUCAGUUGGCAGAGCUGGACCCAGUCAGUGCUGCCCUCUGUGACCUGGCCAGUCGGAUGGUAUAACAGGUUCAAAGAAAGUUUAGACUGGAAUCAGUAACGGUGAACCGUGAGAUGUUCCCUGACAUGCAGUUCCAUGUACACUGUAGGACACUGGUCUUCAGGUCCUGCUGCUGCCAUAGCUGUUAACUGAGGAGCUUGCUAGUAUAUAGGCACUUCCAGUGCUUGCACAGGCUUGUUCCAGAAGGAAAUGUGGCCACUCUUGUGGGAGGACCCGUCUAAACUAGAUGGAGAUCUAGGAACCUUGAGGCGGUGGCCAGAGAAGGUCUGCCUCCCCAUUGUCCUGGUACAUUGCCUUUGACUACUCUUAGGUGGGGACCUUCUCUCCAUCUCUGUGGAGCUUACAUUAGGGGUCCAUGUUCACCUGUCCUCUAUCUGCCCAAAUCCCCAUGGGGUUGAAAAGCCGGAGGGUCCUGCUCACUGAGCAGACUGAUAGAAGGAAGAUGGGCGGGCGGUGGAGGGAGCCACAGGGACCACCAUUCACUGCCUGCAACAUCCUGCAAUUCACUUCCACCUUGAAGGAGUGUAGCAUGUGGUGACCAGACUUGACUUUUGACUUUCUGGUCUCUGUAAUUUAAAUGUGGCUCUUAUAAAUAACCCAUGAUUGGAUUUUAUCUUAUAAUCCAUUUUGACAAAUUCUGUUCUCGGAGCCCUUAACGCACUUAAAUGGUAUGAUUGCUGACACA